AUGUCCUCCGAAUUCCAAGUCUGGGAGGUAAAAACCCCCUACCUUAACCUCCACUGCGGCCUCGGCGAAGGACCCUACUAUGAACCCGCCACCCAAACCGUCCGCUUCGUCGACAUCAAGAACAAGAAGCUUCACACCGUCUCCAGCAACGACCCCGCCGAUCUCGUCACCCUUUCUUUCGACGAGCCCGUCACCGUCACCGCUGACAUUGCGGGCGUCGACCCCAAGGACAAGAUCCUAAUUGGAGCCAAGCAGGGGCUCGCGGUCCUGGAUAGGAAGACGGGGGAGUACGAGUACAUCUCCAAGAUGGAGGGGGAGGGCGUGGAUAGGAUCAGGAGCAAUGACGGGGCGGUCGAUCCCCAGGGGAGGUUCUGGAUGGGGAGCAUGACUGAUUUUGGGAAGGGGGAUUUCCGGCCUGAGGCGUCGGUCGUACACGUGGCAGACCCGGGUUGGGGAGACUUCAACGUUGUUGCCGCGUCGAUCGAAUGGGGGAACCGAAGAGAAUACCAGGGAAAGAGGACAAACGACAGGAUGGACACAUCAUCGUCAUCAGCAGCAGCAGCCGUCGUCAUAGUUCUUCCUCAAGUGAGGAAUAACCUGCCCACUCCCCCUUCGCGGCAAGCGGCUCGGAGUCGCCGCCUGCCGGGGCCGUUGACUACUGCAUAUGCGAAAUGCAUGUAUGUACAGCAAACUGCUCAAACUAAACCCAUCAGGUCGGGUUCGGAAGUUCCUUGCCAUGUGGUUUUCCUCCUGCGGCUCUCUCUCGAGCCGUCCCGGCGCCUGAGGGGGCAAUACCCUUUCUUUACCUUACCAUUUUUAGUUGGGCUUUUAGGCUCCCUCCUCCGCUUCACCCAAACCUCCCCCCCGCAACUCGCCCUCACCUCCCUCACAAUCCCAAACUCUGUCGGCUGGUCCCCCGACCAGAGGACAAUGUACUUUACCCACUCCAACGCGCGCGAGGUCCUGGCUUGGGAUUACGACCCCUCCCCCUCCCCUUCUUCUGUCGUCACCCUCUCCAACAAACGCAUCUUUUACCAGCACGUCGGGAGCGGUGAACCUGACGGGUUUAGGGUUGAUGUUGAAGGUAACAUCUGGCAUGCCGUCUAUGGCGAGUCCCGCGUUUUGAAGCUGAGCCCGGAGGGGAAGUUGAUUGGGGAGGUGAGGUUGCCUACCAGAAACAUCACCUGUGUGGAGUUUGUGGGCGAGGAGUUGUUCAUUACUACUGCUGGAGAUGACGGUGCUGCUGAGGGGGAGGAGAGCAAGGUCAAUGGGGGGGCGUUGUUUAGGGUUGAUGUUGGGGUCAGGGGGGUGGGGCAUGAUUUGUUUAGGUUGUAG